CACAUCCCUAGCCCUCUUUUCGCCAAAAAUUUGUUGGCGUGUUGUCAGAUUCUUCAGGAUUUGGAUCGCCUUUUCGUUUUACGUACACCAGUAGAAGAUAAAUCAGCGACAAUGUACGGCGGAGACGAAUACCCACCCAAUUCGGACUACUACGAUGAUUUUGCGCACACCGGAGACCCACAGCUGGACAUGGAGUACGAGCGUAACUACUACGCCAGUCGUAUGCCGGACAAUGUCAAGUACUUCCUCAUCAACUUCUGCCAGGCGAUCAAGGAGGGCAAUCUGUAUGACAUCCAGAACAUGUACGAGAACACGUUCCCGCAGAUCAGCGACCACCACUUUGACAAGACCGCCUGGCCGGAGGAGCAGGAGGUGGCCGCCAUCGUAGACAACGACAAGGUCUUCCUGAUCCUGUACAAGGAGCUGUACUACCGCCACAUCCACGCCCGCAUCCAGGGAGGCCCCAAGCUGGAGCAGCGCAUCAACUCGUUUUUCAACUAUUGCGACUUCUUCAACCUUAUCAUCUCGGCCCAGAACCCGGUGAUGCUGGAGCUGCCUGACAUCUGGCUGUGGGAGCUCGUCGAUGAGUUCGUGUACCAGUUCCAGAACUUUGCGCAAUAUCGUGCCCGUCUUACGGACAAAACUGAGGACGAGAUCCAGCAGCUGUGCGUGAACCACAGCAACGUAUGGAGCAUUCUCUGCAUCCUUAAUGUGCUGCACUCUCUGGUGGAUAUCUCAAAUAUCAAGAAGCAGCUGGAGGCCAUUUCCCAAGGCGUGGAUCCCCAGACCGUCGCCGGUGACUUCGGCAAGCUCUCCUUCUACAAGAUGCUGGGCUACUUCUCCCUCGUGGGCCUGCUGCGCGUGCACUCGCUGCUGGGAGACUACUACCAGGCCAUCAAGGUUCUGGAGCCCAUCGAAAUCCACAAGAAGUCCGCCUACUCGCACAUCCCCGCCUGCCAGAUCUCCACGUCUUACUACGUGGGCUUCGCCUACAUGAUGAUGCGCCGCUAUGCCGACGCCAUCCGCACCUUCUCCGACAUCCUGCUGUACAUCCAGCGCACCAAGCAGCUGUACAGCACGCGCUCGUACCAAAACGACCAGAUUAACAAGCAGGCUGAGCAGAUGUAUCACUUGCUGGCCAUCUGCCUUGUGCUGCAUCCCCAGUGCAUCGACGAGUCCAUCCAGCAGGUGCUGCGCGAGAAGAACUACCACGACGCCAUGUUCAAGAUGCAGUGCGGCGAUCUGGAUGUCUUCAAAUCGUUCUUUGGCUUCGCCUGUCCCCGAUUUGUGAGCCCCUCCCCAGCCGCCGAUGCGCCGAUGGAGGACUACGUGAAGGACCCGAUGGAGCACCAAUUGCUGGUGUUCAUGGACGAAGUACGCCAGCAGAAGGAUUUACCCACGACGCGGUCGUAUCUGAAGCUGUACACCACCCUUCCAUUGGCAAAACUGGCUUCCUUCAUCGAUCCCAAUGCCAGCGAAGAUGACGUGUCGAAGCUGUUGAUCCGCCUGCUUUGCUUCAAGCACAAGAUGCGCAACCUAGUGUGGAGCAAGGGACCCAGUGGCCUGGAGGGCACCUUCAAGUCGGGUUCUGAGCUGGACUUCUAUAUUGACGACGACAUGAUCCACAUAGCCGACACCAAGGUAUCACAUCGCUAUGGCGACUUCUUUGUGCGUAAAAUCCUCAAGUUCAACGAACUGAACCGGAAGCUGAAGAACAUCAACAUUUAAGCCAUUUAAGUCGACUACUUGUGACCCGUAAUUAUAUAUUUAAUAUUCCAAACUGGACCGAUUUGUGUUGAUUUUAAUAAUAAAAUCGCUUGCGAUUAUCCACAAGUUU